AUGCAGCCGGCGGAGCAGUCGGCGGCGGUGGCGGUGGCGGAGGAGCUGCAGCAUUACCUCCCCCUGAUUGGCUAUGUGCCGGGCUCUCCUGGGGCUGCCCUCGGGCCCGGCCCUGGAGCUUUGGCGCGGCUUGCUGCUUCGGCCCGGGGCCACGCGCUCGACCUUGUUGCGGCAGCCGCGUCCGUCUUGCGCUGGCUAGACGGGAGGCUGUGUAGCCGGUUGCGCAAGUCCAGUAGCGUUACCUCCCAUGCCGCUGCCCCCUGGACCCCUCCCAUUGGUGACACCAGCCGGGGUGGUUCGGAGGAGAUCUGGCCUUCUCUCUUGCCACGGCUGCAGCCAGCCCCCCCCGGCCUGCCCGACCGCUCGCACCCCGUACGCCGCGUCCUCUCCACGCUGGCGGCGCCUGCCCUCUCGUUCCCGACGGCGGAUUUCCUGCCGCCAGCUCCGCCGCCCGUUCUCGCAGCACCCUCUGCCGAGCGGUUCCCCCUCGGCGCCUAUCGAUCGUGGUCACCUGCUCCUCCUCUACGGCUGCCGUCCCGUCCUCCGCCUCUGCCGUCUCCCCUUCAGCUCCGUCGGCUGCUUGUCCCGCGGCGCGUUCCGUUCCUGAUGACAGGCCGGCGUCGGCCACCCCGGCGUGAUGUGAUCGUGGCGGCGGGGCCUCCUGCUGUUCCCAUCCAACCAGCGGCCCAGGGCGGGCAGGUGCCAGCCCUGUUCCGAGCCGUCGCGGACUGCCUAACUGCAGGUGUUGGCGUCGCGCCCUCGGCGCCCCCGAUGGCGACUGCUCGACCGCGUGAGCCUGUGUACCGGUCUCCUCGCGGGCGCACCCAUCCAUUCCUUCGCGCGCGCGGGCAAUCCUCCCGCCGCCGCCGCCCUCCUCGCACGCCGUUGUCAGGCCAGGCUCGCCAACGGCCUCAGCUCCAUGCUCCCGCCUCUCAGUCGUCCCCAUUGCACCUACCUCCUUCCCCGGUGCAAUACGCCUCGUCGCAGCAGGUUCCACCGGUUGCGCAGGCUCCGGCGCAGUCUGCGCCUCCUGUUCCUCUGUCGCGACCAUCUCUUCCUGAUCCAGAUCCUGAGGCGACUCCCCAGUCGCAACCGUCUGACCCUGCCGCUCCAUCCUCACGGGGCGCUUCUGCUCCUCGAUUGGUCAAACAGGCGCCUCUCCCGUCUGCGGCACCAGUGCCAGGCUCGGAGCCGCCUCCCCUCUCGCCUUCUCAUCAGCCAGUCGUGCCUUCCUUGUCAGUGCCGACCCCUGCUGUGCCGUAUGCGUGUUCGUACCCCCCUCGGCUGGAUGUGACGGACUCCGCUCCUCCAGGCCCUCGCGGGCUCCCUUUCCCGGAUCCCGCCUACUGCGGCCCUCGGCGCCAGCACCCCCUCGUGCCGGGGUCUUGUCCUCCUGGAGCUCGGUUUGGAUUUGUGAGUCCGGGGGUUGAUUGGGAUGGUUGCCUCUCGUGGCCUCCGGAACAGGACGGGGGGAACUGGGGCUCGAGCGCUCCGCCCCUGAGCCCUCCUUGGGGGGAGCCUUGUUAUGGACAGGGGGAUUACGAGUCUCGUUGGCGGCAUCUUCAGACGAUUGGCCGUUGCGUGACUGAGCUCUCGUUUGCGCUUGACCUCCUGCACGACGCCCUUCUGUCUCGGGAGGUGGUGGCGCGGGAUCCGCAGAUGAAUGAAGACCAGCAGGGUCGUGUGCGGCGGGCAGUGGAGAGCGUCUUGUGGGAUGUCCUGCAUCUGCCACUUGAGCCCGGGGACCCUUCGCCGGACGACGGACCUGGCGCUGCGGCUUUCCGCAUGGUAGCCACGGCUGCUGAGGAGUGCCCGCUUGGCAUCGUGCCCGCACUCGCGUGUUUGCUCCGGUGGCUUGGGCGGAGGGUGAGGCGGAUGUAG